GCACGCGACUAUCAGCAAAACCGCCCUCGUGGCAAACUGGUGGCUUUGAAAGUCAUGCGCGCCGACAUGUCCAGCACGGCAGGAGACGAGAUGCCCGAGUUGAUCGUCUCGAAGGCCCUCCGUGCGAUCACUGGCUCUUGCGACUUUCAGACUGUGGACGAUCACUUCCUCGUGCAGGGCCCGAACGGAUGCCAUCAAGUCCUUGUCUCCGCGUUUGCUGGCCCUAGCAUUCUCGCCAUCACAAACUGCCCAGGAAGAAUAACUGGAAGUCGACGUUUGCGCGGGGAUUUAGCGAGGAAGGUUGCGAAGCAGACAACGAUGGCGAUAAUGCGCAUGCAUCUUGCAGGAAUAGUUCAUGGAGAUCUAACCUCAUCAAACAUCCUAUUCCGCGUGGCGGAGCCGGUCUUUGACUGGACCGAUGACGAGGUUUACGCUCAUCUGGGAAGACCUCGCUUUGACGAAGUUAAGACGAUCGACGGUUCACCUCGCGGCCCUCAUGCACCCGCCCACCUCUUCGACUCGGUGAAUCUGUCUCGACUGGCAGAUCUAUCGCUUCUCCAAGAACGCAUCAUCCUCAUCGACUUCGGCCAGUCUUAUGUGAUUUCCGAUCCACCAAGGGAUUAUCGGCCUGCCACGGCGAUACACUACAAGCCCCCAGAGAUGCGCUUCGAGGGGCGUACGGGUCCCGAGGCUGACGUAUGGGCACUCGCCUGCGCUAUCUAUGAGAUUCGGGCGGGCUGUUCCCUGUUUGAAUCGUUCAUGGCGGACAAUGCAACCGUUAUGAGAGAAAUUGUUACCAUGCUCGGGAGGUUACCAGAUCCUUGGUGGCGCUCCUUCGAGCCGAGGACUGAGUGGUUCGAGGAAGAUGGAGAGCCGAAGGACCCUGAUUUGAAGAUUUCUAUUCCGGAGUUGGUGAGCUUUAUAGGAACUGAGGAUGAACCGCCGUCCAUGGACGAGGGUCCGAUGAUAGAGAAGUGCGGGGUUAGGCCGUCGGAGGAGGAAGUAGAACUACUGUCUGAUCUGCUGUUAAGGAUGCUGAAGUAUCGGCCAGAGGAGAGGGCUACGAUGGAGGAGGUCCUCGAGCACAGGUGGUUCAAGUUAUGAAAGCGCUGUGCAUAUUUCUGUAGAAUCUUGCUUCAACC